CUUUAGAAACUUCUCCAGGGGAAAAGUGUUGGGAGAUCUACAAAGUGGAUUUUUUUUUUUCCUCUAUUUUUCCCCCCCUUCCCCCUGUUUUUUACCGCUCCUCUGCAGGCUUUGCAACAAAACACUCCAACUUUGCAGAAAACUUUUUUUUUUUGCCUUUUUUUGGCUGCUUUUUUUUUUUUUUCCGCUUUUUUUGCCUUUGCAAAUCUUGGAAGAGGAAAGCGGGAGGGUUGAACAGAGCCGAUCGAAACACAACUUUGCUUCAUACCAAGCUUCCCAGCAGCUCGCUGCGUCGGGAGAGACUUUUUCUCCUCUUGCAGAAGAAGAGAGAAGGAAGGGGAGCUUUGCAUCCCCUCUUCCUUCUCCUGCCGUUUUCCCCCCCCCCCGCGUCUUGACUGCUUUGAUGCAUUAAUAGCAGGACACUGGUUUUCAAGGAACUUUGCUCCCUUCCCAAUCUGCCUCCUCCCAGCCCUUUGGGAAGUGUGCGUGUGUGUGUGCGUGCGUGUGUGUGUGUGUGAAAUCGCCGUCCCACCUCCCCAAACCCCCCUGCUCCCCCACGCCUCCCCCUGCAACCUGUAGGCUGUGCAACCCCUGCAGGCUUUUCUCCCUUUCCCCCCUUCUUCCCUCCCCCUCUCUUUUUGCGCUCCCGCGGAUCGCGGUGCGAAUCCCUCCUUUCGAAGCGAGAAAAAGCUGAAAGAAGGAGAAAAAAGAAAAAGAAAAAAAAAGACAAAAAGCAAACCUAGACGCCCCCCCCCAGCGCCAAAAGAAAAGCAGGAGGGUCUCGCACCCCGAUAAUAAACCCCAGAGUGGGACGCCUGCAAGAGGGGCUGCGCUUUCCGACCCUUUUCUUUUUUGAAAUUUUUUAAUUUUCUUUUUUUUUCUUUUUUUUUUUUGCCCCCGAAGGGGCAAGCGGAAAGCAAGCACCGCCCGCCCCCCGCCCCCCCGCCGGCGGCAGCCCCCCGCGCCCCAUCCCGCAGCAUCCCCGCCGCGAUGCUGCUGCGGCUCCUGGUGUUGCUGGGCGCCUGCCCGGGGCUGUCGCGGUGCCUGGGCUCCUUCGUGCAGUGCGAGCCCUGCGACGGCAAGGCGCUGUCGCUCUGCCCGCCGCCGCCGCUGGGCUGCGAGCUGGUGAAGGAGCCGGGCUGCGGCUGCUGCCUCACCUGCGCCCUGCCCGCCGGCCAGCCCUGCGGCGUCUACACCGAGCGCUGCGCCCGGGGGCUCCGCUGCCUCCCGCGCCAGGGCGAGGAGAAGCCGCUGCACGCCCUGCUCCACGGCACCGCCGUCUGCCUCAGCGAGAAGAGCUACCGCGAGCAAGCCAAGGCCGAACGGGAGUCCCGAGAACAUGAGGAGCCGACCACGUCGGAGAUGACAGAGGAGACCUACCCGCCCAAGGCCUACCGGCCCAAGCACGGGCGUCUCUCUGAGCUGAAGGCUGAGGCCUUGAAGAAGGACCGCAGAAAGAAGCUGACCCUGGCCAAGUUUGUGGGCAUGGCGGAGAACACGGCACACCCCCGCGUUGUCAUCCCCGAGCUCCGGCAAGAGUUUGAGCUGGGCCCCUGCCGCAGGCACAUGGAGGCAUCCCUGCAGGAGCUCAAGAGCAGCCAGCGGAUGGUCCCUCGCGCUGUCCACCUCCCCAACUGCGACCGAAAAGGCUUCUACAAGAGGAAGCAGUGCAAGCCCUCCCGAGGCCGGAAGCGUGGGUUGUGUUGGUGUGUGGACAAAUAUGGCAUGAAGCUGCCAGGGACUGACUACCUGAGCGGAGACCUGCAGUGCCAUGCAUUUGACAGCAGCAACGUGGAGUGAAGUCGCAUCCCCUCCCUCCGCCCCAUCACUACCUACCCAGGCUCCCUUUCACCCUCCCCUCCGCACCUCCCCGCGCCCCGGGACUCCGAUUCUUUUCAUCUCAUGUAAGAAGAAAAAAAGAAAGGAAAAGAAAAAAUAGAAAGGAAGGAAACGAAAAAAGAGAAAGGAAUAAAAAGGAAAAAAAGAGAAAGGGAAAGAAAGAAGUAAAGUAAAAAGAGAAAAGAAAAGAAAAGAAAAGAAAAGAAAAGAAAAGAAAAGAAAAGAAAAGAAAAGAAAAGAAAAGAAAAGAAAAGAAAAGAAAAGAAAAGAAAAGAAAAGAAAAGAAAAGAAAAGAAAAGAAAAGAAAAGAAAAGAAAAGAAAAGAAAAGAAAAGAAAAGAAAAGAAAAGAAAAGAAAAGAAAAGAAAAGAAAAGAAAAGAAAAGAAAAGAAAAGAAAAGAGGACUCGGAAUCUACAGCAGCCUCUUGACAACAAGGACUCAGCAAGGAAAGGACAGAGCCAGAGACAAACCUGCCGCGGCCGCUCCGCCAUCCUGCGCCUCUCCCCAAUGCCACCUGUGCCCCCCUGCCGCAAGCAGAGGCCACCCUGAUGCAGGAAUCUCUCCGAGUUGGUGAUUUUCCAGUACGGGUUUCAGGCGGGUUAAUUUUGGGGUUUUUUCUUCAGUUUAGCCAGUCAUUUUCUAAAGGGUCUCGAGAGAAAACCUUGCGGCCACCAGUGUUCCCCCUCCUCGCUGCAGUCCUCCAGAGUCUCUUCCCCACAUCGCUGGGACUCACUCGAGUCAAUUUGAUUUGACUUCAGUCUCAAACGACCGCCCGAGGUCCAGGCAGAUUUCGACACGUUGGGAGGAGGAGUGGGACUGCUGGCUUCGUGUCUGGAGAUGAGCUGGGGAGGGAAAUACAGCUCCUGCAACGGCACGAAUACCUCCCCCCAGAAAUAUUCGUGGACUUCAAAAAGAAAUCAUCCAAAAAGGAAAGACACCCUUCUCCAUCCAGUUCCUCUCAAACAGGAGGUCAGAAAUCUUUUUGGACAAGUGGAACUCUGACUGUUGUCCAUCCAGGUGUGGAAGCAUUUGUGCAUGUGUGCGAGUGUGUGUGUGCACGGACGUGGCUUUCCUCCUUGCAAAAUUUCGCCUUGAAACCUGCAAUCUGGAGGGCUUAACUGUAAGCAGGGGGAGAGAUGCUGCCCCCUCCCAAAAAAGCAUAAUAACCUGCCAGACUGAACACGGGAGCAGAGUUACAGAGGAGCAUCAGCGCCUGUGGGAUCAGGGCCCUGCCGACGCCAAGGGCUGCAUCCGAGCUGACACCGCAGAUACUCCAUUGCUGUCCACACUGAAGCAUCCCUGUGUGGGGACAGGGGGAUCGGGGCCAAAACUCUUCACCACCCUUUGCCACCACAAGGAAGACCAACUAUGGAGAUAUAUUUUUAAUUUUUUUUUUUCACAGCCAAAAAAGCAGUUUGCUCCAGGGGAAAAAAAAAAACAAACCUACACUUUGUUUUGUCUUGGAUUUUUGUUAAGGCUGGUUUAUAGCCUUUCCCAUGGGUAGGAAAAUGUCAGUCUCCAUCCUUUCACAUUGAGGAUACUGCUCACAUUGCCACGGCUGAUUCCCGCCACCCUGCAGUAUGAUCCUGCGACUGGCCCUCACGUUUAACCUGGGAUCCAGCUCCUUGCUGAGUGACAGCAGGCACCACGCCAUGGAGACCCACUGCCUCAGGCGUGCUGGGACAGCCCUCAGCUGCCUUCCUGACUUUUUUGUUGUUUUUAUUUUUUUACAUUUGAUUUUGGGACUGUUGCCUCUCAUUUCCCCAUGACAAGGGCCUCCAGGAUGUUGGUGCUGGGAGGAGAUCCUGCAAUGAAGGAAGGAAGGAAAGGAAAGCGAGCUGUGGGGUCUGGGCACUCCAAUCCCAGUGGGCAAACACACACCCACUGGGGACCACAUCCCACUGCCACGGCUGGAGCUGGCAGCCAGCACUGCACAAAGGACACAGCCAGUCUCAGGGGGAAGGUGUCUGCACCCCGAAAAGCCCUUUUGAGCCUGAUGGAGCUGGGCAGGGAGGAAAGGGGGUCUGCAGCACCAGUGGGUCCUACCCAGCAGGGAUGGGACAAGGGGGAUUCGAUGCCAAGGGGCUCUGGUGGAGGGUCCUCUCCAUCACGGACUGGGCACCCCUGUAGCCUCCCAUGGCACAGCAUCGCUCCCCCAAGCAUCCUGCAGUCCCCCCACAAGGACACUUGCCCCAAUUGAGGGCAGGACUGGAUGUCCUGUGGUUAUUUCCCCUGGAGUUAUGGUGGGGGCGAGUUUUGCCGAUGGACUUCCAUGGAGAUCCCAUGGUGGGGCAUGUUUGGAGCUGUGGCUGAGGUGUCUUCCCUUGCUGAAAAGAAGGGGGUGCCACCAACAGCAGAUCUGUCCCCCAAAAAAACCUGCAGGAGCGAAGUGACCCCUGUAUUGGUGAAGGGGAGCACAGUGCUAGGGCCGAGAGAGGGACCCCUCUGGGCUCAGUGGGGCUGAUGGAGCACGGUCAGUUUGACUGGGGUGGGGGGGGCUAAUGGUGCAGUAAAGGUGGGGUGAAGAAUGGGUGAAGAAGGCAGGUGGAAGAGGAGGAGGACCCUGUGCCAGCCCCAAGGGCCACAGGUCGCCAUUGUUGCCACUUGUCUCUCAUCUCCUCCGCUCGCCAAUCCCCGUGCAAAACCUCCUGACUGUUGUAGGCCAGUACCACCUUCCCCAGGACCCUUCCCUCCUUCUCUCUCUUUCUUGCUUUUUUUUUUGUUCAUUUGUUUGUUUUGUUGUUUGAUUUCCCAAAACUUGAAAGCCUUUGGCUGCAGAGAAAGGAGACGUGCUGCCAGGGCGGGAUGGGAGUGGGCAGAGGGACAGCAGCUCCCCAUGAACCUUGUCUUUCAGGCUGAUGCUUUUGCAGGGUGAGGGUCAGCUUGGGAGGGGGACACAGGGUGCCUCCCUGACCUCCCCCUGCAAAAGGGAGUCUCAGCCAUGGCCCCAGGAGCCCAGAGCACCAAAAAUCCAUCCCGCACAACCUCCCUUCUGCCUGCACAUCCAGUGCUGGGAUGGCACCGCCUGUCCUGUCCCCACCAACCUGGGGGAAGAAGGAGGAGGCAAGGAGGGGGACUGUGCUGCCAUCACCCCCAAAACCACCUUGGCUCCUGGAGCAGGGCACUGAGGAGCGCCCUGGCUGCCUGCUCCCUCCGGGAUCCCCAGCAGGACGAGGCUGUUUGCAGGCUGCACUAAUGUUUAGGACCAGGGUUGGGCUGGGGGGGUGAGAGCAGCUUCAGGAGGGGUUGGCCACCCCCCAGGGCGGCAGUGAUGAGGUGCUCCCAUUCUCAGCACCCAGCAGCACUCCUUUGCAUUUGAGGUGAGAAUACCAAAAGGGGCAGAUUUGGGAGCUGGGGAGGGCUGGGUGAGCAGUGGGGGUGGGUUGAGGUAGAUGGGGAAGUGCUGGCAAUUUGUGCAUCGGGGGGGGGGGUGGGGGGUGGUGAGGAUUGCGGGGGGGGGCGGUCUCCAGCCACGGUGUUCGCACUGAGCCUGCACCUGUACCCGGAAUGUGAGCUGGGAAGGAGAGAACAAGGAUGGCGCAGGGGUCAGGACAGCCCUUCCACCACAUCUCCCCGGGGAGCAGCGCUCGGCGGCUGGGCUACCCCUUGUCUGUACUGCAGUGGACUUUGAAAACCACUAGUACAAGAGCAUUUUGCACUAUUUCUCUGCUCUCUCUCCCCCGCCUUCUCUUUUUUCUCCCCUUUCCCCAUGAAAACUCUUUUUUGUUGUUGGGGGGGUUUUUUUGUUGUUAUUGUUGAUUUUUUUUUUUUCCCAAACGGAGCAUUGUAUAUUUAACAACCGACAAUUCACCUCGCUUCCAGACCGCUGUCCUGGCACUGGCUAGGAGCCCUGCCUAAUGUGCCUCCCCCUCCCCAGCCCCGCCAGCCCCCCCGCCGCUGCCACCGGGACAGACAUCACCGCGCGCGUUACUCACCGUUGUAACACAGUUGUUAAAACACACCAGAUUCCGAGUUUCCUGCCUGGUUUUUAUCUUUAAGCAAUACUCACUACACAUUUUACGGUAGCUUUUUAUAGCUUUACGUACAUACAGUAGCUCUGUUGUUUCGUUUUGUUUUGUUUUUGUUAUGGUUUCUUUUUCCAGUAAACAAGAAAUACUCAUAAUCUUACUGGUGGGAAAAAAAAAAGCAGUUUGUGAAAAACUGACAAUGGAAGAAGAGCUUAAUGCUCUGUUUAGCAUUUUGUACUUAAAAAAAAAAAUCUCACAUUUUAUUAAAAAGUGAAGAUUGCUGUAUACUAUUUAUUCAACUUAUAAUUUAUGUUACUCUUUGAUCUUUGUCUUUUCUCAUGACAAAGCAUUUAUUUAAUAAAGUUAUGCAUUCAGUUAGCUU